UGUAUAUAAGGAACAUUUCAGUGCAGUCUAAUAAAGCACAGAGAAUGUCUCCGCCCCCGAAAGACCAGCUUCAUGACGCGCUUUUGUUAUUCAGAUGAGCCGCAAUAGGCGGAAUCUCACCGCACACAGCCGACAGUCAGAGCUCAACACGCGGACCAGUAGCCACUCAACACCCGCUCAACGCCCGCUCGUGGGAACCGCAGAGGUAUCGGAGCGCCACAUGCAGUAUGGACUAGUCUACUGAAAUUCCCUGGAGUGUAUGAGAGUUUAUAUAAAUAUAAAGCGGAACGUAAGCUAAAGGAAAUUGGGAGUUAAAAUUUUCCUGAAAUUGAGUGUGUUUGGGAGAAGACCUGGCUUAUUUUCCUCGUUCAGAAACGUUUGGUCAACCUGCUGAAAUCAUGAGUCAGGCGGACAUGACUUGCUCUGCGCGUCAAAGAGUGUUUCAGGAAGCGCUCAGGAAGGGAAACACUAAGGAACUUCACUCUCUCCUGCAAAACAUGACAAACUGUGAAUUUAACGUCAACUCUUUCGGACCCGAGGGACAGACGGCGCUGCACCAGUCCGUGAUAGACGGCAACCUGGAGUUAGUAAAGCUGCUGGUCAAGUUCGGCGCGGACACCCGUCUGGCCAACAGGGAUGGAUGGAGCGCCCUGCACAUAGCAGCGUUUGGUGGACAUCAAGACAUCGUGCUUUACCUCAUCACACGGGCGAAAUACUCAUCAAGCGCGCUCUGAGGCAAUCAAAGAAGAUAUUAGUAUGACGCCGUACCUUUAAAGCCUAUUUGACCCACUUCGUGCCAAAGUAAAAGACAGCUUGUUUGUGAUGUAAACGUGUUUAGGAAAUUGAUUUAGGCACAGAUGAAUUCGAAUCCAAAAGGCUAUUGUUUUGAUAAUGUUGGGUUGGUACAAUGUCAUGGAUGUGGUCUGCCAACUUUCAAUGCGUGAUGAAAAUGAUCACAGUGGAAUUUAUAGAUUCAAAAAACAAACCAGUGAGAAAACCAGUGGUGACUAGACUCAGGGUGCGAAUUAUGAUGAUUCGGGAUGGUGUGACUACUUAAGUUCUCAAAAUCAAAACAAGGAUGGUUUAUAUAGAUUUGAAAAUGUUUUGCAACCCCAACAAGUUACAAUAUGCGCUUAAAAUAGUUUUGGAAAGUCUAGUUGGUUCCACGAAGAGAGUGAUUCAUUGAACCUUUUCAUUCCACAAAAGUUUCUUUACAGUUUUUUUUAGAUCGGUGGUUCCCAAAGUGGGGGUGGAAAAAACUCUGGGAUUUCCAAAAAUUUUAUUAAACUAUUAGAAUUACUAUAUUUUAUCUAUAAACUAGUGGAGAACAAAGUAGCAGUUAAUAGUAACAUUGUUAACAUGUUAAUACACUGUAAAACCCAAAAAGUUAAGGUAACUCAAACCAUUUGAGGAAACCGAUUGCAACAAACAAUUUAAGUUCAAAAGCUAAUUAUAAUGAGUACUGUGAACUUAAUCCAUUUGAGUAAAUGAAGCAAUUUAAGCACUGAAAACUCAAUAAAUGAAGAGAACUAUAACCAACUGAGUACUGUAAAAGUUAAGGCAACUCAAACCGUUUGAGAAAACCGAUUGCUACAAACCAUUUGAGUUAAAACUAAUCUAUAUGAGUACUGUGAACUUACUCCAUUUAAGUUGAAGUAAUGAGGUAUUUAAUUAACUCAUUAACUUCAGCACUGAGUUCAAAACAGUUUUCAAACGAGUAGAAUUAACUUUCAGUACAUUUUGACUCAUUUCAUUUGCUAAAGUUAACUGUUGGGUUUUACAGAGUAAACUUUAAAAAACACAUUCAGAUAUAAAGCUAUCAGCUUUUCAAAUUUUUUUUGUGACCCCUGAGGUGAUUACAUUUUAUUAAAGACACAGCAAUUGCAUCAGAUUUUAUGGCACCAGUAUAAACUUUCUGAAACCUUUACAGCACUCGCAUACAUUAAAAAUAAAAACAGCCCACUACUGAACAUGUAGGACGGUCUCUUGAGUGGUGUUCUCCAAAAUUAAACGAUUAAUAGACUUGGGCUUAUUGGUAUGUGUGCAAGAUUUAUAUAUGUAUAACCACCUCAGAGAAUAUUGGGUGUCGCAAGUCACUGGCAUUGUUAUUUCGGGGGUCGCGUGCUGAAAAGUUUAGGAACCCCUGCUUUAGAUCAUUAAAAAGUUUUACUGAAAGCUUCUUUGUGGAACCAAAAAAAUAUACAUUUUCUAAAAGAGUGGUUUGCAGUGAUGUCUUUGGUCAAUGGUUCCUAAAAAGUCCAUUAAUUUCUAAUGUGAGCAACAUUUCAAUGAUUUUAAGAGCAUUUCCCUUUUUAAGAAACAUUUUAUGGAUUGAAAAGGUCCCAUGGAACCACUGAUUCCAAACAAAGAACCUUUAUUUUUUAGGAGUAUAUGGCAUUGCUGCAAAAACUCAACUUGGGAACUUCUAUUUUUGUAAGUGUACCACAAAGUCAAGUUUAUAAAACACAACUAUAUUUACAUAUAGAUAGUAGACAUUUCAGUGUUUUAACAUGAUUGACCACUUCGAUAACCACAUCUCAAACUCAAAAUAACAUUCAUUUUUUUUACAAAGUCAACCACCCCGAAUGCCAAGAAAUAAUUUGCACACUGCCUAGGAUGAGAUAAAUAUUCAUAAUGUACACAUUCACUCUGCAUUUCGUCAAGAUACCUCAAGUGUAAUGCAUCAUAAAAGUGACAUUUUAAUGUUGGUCAUCGAGGUCAUCUCUCGGCUCUCGAACUGAGACGUUUUCCUGCCAGACACGACCAAAUCUGACUGCAUUUUGGCACUGGUGUGUCACAAUCAAUACAUUUCUUUUUGAGUUGAUCCACACAUUUCAAGCCACACAUUGCUGUAUUGUAAUUCGGAAGUCGAGCAAAUCCAUAGAUCAGCGUCAGUAGAUGGCACUGUAUCCUAAAGCACAUUGGCCUCGUCUUCCUUGACCCCUCGUCAACUCAGGCAAGACGCGGUGAGGUGUUAAUAUGUCAUGACUUUUGAGACGCUUCAAAGCCAGUAUGGAAUUAUGCAUCACUUAUACUUGAGAAUGUUUUAAAUAUUGCACUGAUGGCUGUUUUUGAUGAGUUGUUGGUUUCACGCCAACUUUUAAAGAUACUAUUUUUCUAAAUGGAAAAAAAAGCAAUUCUUAAUGUAUGGAAGCUCCAGGGUGGAUUUCACUCAUUCUUUGCAAAGGCUUUUAUUAUGCCUGUGGGUUGAAUUACUGUAUGUGUAAUCACCAGCGCAAUCUCACAUCGAUUCGUAACUUUUUGAUUUAGUGGCUAAUUCGUAUGAAUUUGUGCGAUCUCAUUUGUACACUCUAAAAAGCGUUUAGUUACUGUAUGAUUAAAUCUGCUGCCUUAAAAGCGACAGUUUGACUCUACUUAAAAAAAUGAGUAAAAACGUAAUUUCCAAUGGUUAUGUUUGACGUCAUUUUUUAUAUUAUGCACGUAGCAAAUUUACUUACGUUUUUGUCACAUGAUUUUCUCAUUUGUAUACUCGAAAAAGCGAUUAGUUACGUAUGAGUAAACCUGUUGCCUUAAAAGUGACAGUUUGACUACUUAAUAAAAUGAGUAAAAACGUAACUUCGAAUGGCUAUGUUUGACGUCAUUUUUUAUAUUACGUGCGUAGCAAAUUUACUUAUGUUUUUGUCACACGAUUUUCUCAUUUUUAUACUCUAAAAAUCGAUUAGUUAAUGUAUGAGUAAACCUGUUGCCUUAAAAGCGACAGUUUGACUCUACUUAAUAAAAUGAGUAAAAACGUAACUUCGAAUGGUUAUGUUGACUUAAUUUUUUUAUUACGCGCUAGCAAAUUUACUUACGUUUUUCUGACACGAUUUUCUCAUUUGUAUACUCUAAAAAUCGAUUAGUUAAUGUAUGAGUAAACCUGUUGCCUUAAAAGCGACAGUUUGACUACUUAAAUGAGUAAAAACGUAACUUCGAAUGGUUAUGUUGACUUAAUUUUUUUUAUUACGCGCGUAGCUAAUUUACUUACGUUUUCUGGCACGAUUUUCUCAUUUGUAUACUCUAAAAAGCGAUUAGUUAGCGUAUGAGUAAACCUGUUGCCUUAAAAGCAACAGUUUGACUCUACUUAAAAAAAUGAGUAAAAAUGUAACUUCCAAUGGUUAUGUUGAGGUAAUUUUUUAUAUUACGCACAUAGCAAAUUUACUUACGUUUUUGUCACACGAUUUUCUCAUUUGUAUACUCUAAAAAGCGAUUAGUUAACGUAUGAGUAAACCUGUUGCCUUAAAAGCGACAGUUUGACUCUAGUUAAUAAAAUGAGUAAAAACGUAACUUCGAAUAGUUAUGUUGACUUAAUUUUUUUUAUUACGCGCGUAGCUAAUUUACUUACGUUUUUCUGACACGAUUUUCUCAUUUGUAUACUCUAAAAAUCGAUUAGUUAAUGUAUGAGUAAACCUGUUGCCUUAAAAGCGACAGUUUGACUACUUAAAUAAGUAAAAACGUAACUUCGAAUGGUUAUGUUGACUUAAUUUCUAAUGUUAUGCGUGUAGUUAAUUUACUUAAUUGUAAGACAAUGGGUUUACUCACUUAUAAAUAUUCAAUUCGACUAAUCGCUUUCUUACAGUGCACAUUUUAUGUUUUUUUCACGUUUUCAUACGAAUCAAAUCAUAUGAAUGACCUAUUUUCAUAAAUUAGUAUGAAUUUCUCAUUUGUACAUUCUAAAAAAGCAUUUAGUUACUGUAUGAGAAAACCUGUUGCCUUAAAAGCGACAGUUUGACUCAAAAAAAGUGAGUACAAACGUAACUUUGACUUAAUUUUUAUAGUGUGCACAUAGUUUACUUAAUAAUUUUAAAAGAAAUAUAAAUACUCAACUUAUCGCUUUCUUACAGAGUACAUUUUAUGAUUUUCUCACCACCAAUGGCGGAUGAGUUUAGGGGCGGGGUUUGGGAUUGCGCAUAGUUUUAAAAAUUGUACGUUUUCGUACAAAUCAAAUCAGAUUAUUUACGUAUUUUGUCAAUGCGGAAUUUUUUUGUAGCUUAUUCGUACAUUUUAGUAUGGUUUUUACCAUCGCCAAUGACAGUUGGGUUUAGGGGUGGAGUUUGGUGAUACACAUAAAAUUAAAAAUUGUACAUUUUCGUAUGAAUGAAAUCGAGUUUGUACGAAUGACCACUUUUCUGACAAUAUGUUAAACAUUUUGUGGAUAAUUUUUAUACGUUUGUACGAUGUCUUUCAAACAUUUUAGAACGAUUUGCUCAUCCCCAACGACACUUGGAUUUAGGAGCAGGGUUUGGGGACACGCAUCCUUUUAAAAAUUUUACACUUUCGUACGAAUCAAAUCGUAAGAGUUUGUAUGAGUUACCACUUUUUGAGUUACUGACAAUGCGUUUAAUAUUUUGUGGCUAUUUUCUACUAAUUUAUACGAUGUCUUUCGAAUGCUUUAGAAUGGUUUGCUCAUCCCCAAUGACAGUUGGGUUUAGGGGCGGGAUCUGGGGACACGCCUUCUUUUAAAAGAACAUUUUCGUACAAAUAAAAUCGGAUGAAAAAUAGUUUGUACAUUAAAAAUCGUACAUAAAAUUGUUACGUUUCCUUGUGAGAUUGAGCCAACACACUCUGCUUGAAUGUCCCUCUACAGGUAACGUCAAACAUAUUUUUGUCUAUGACGACCUCAUAUGUUAACAUGGCAGUGUUACCGGGAGGCUUUUUAACAUCGUGGGAGAAGUAAAGUGUCCAGAAAAAACAAAAGAUCUUGGAGCACUUCCUAUAUCUGAAGUCCCAUCCUCCUCUUUUUAAGGGGGAUGCUACAUGGUAAAACCAGUGUAACAAGAAGUUGCACAAUGCACAAGUCUUUACUUGAUAAUGCCAUAACAUUUAUGACAUGAAAGUAAAAGUUACUUCUUUGAUUGAGACAAAAGUCAAAUGACUGUGAUUUAGUUUGGACCAACUUUUGAAAUAUUUUCAUCAAAGAAAAGUAUGGAAAUAGGCCUCUCAUGUUGUUGUUUUGUCAUUUGUGAAUUGUGUUUUUUUAUAUACCUGUUUAGCUGUUCAUGUUUUAAAUGAUGUAAGUGGUCAUAUUUUAAAUAUAUUACUUGCUGUAUUUUGUACUUUUUGUACAAAGGCAUUUUAGAUAUUAAAAAUUCUGUGGUUUUAAGAAAAAA